UUUACCUUUACCCCUGCCAGAUGCCACUUUUACAACACCUUCGAGAUAAGCUUACCCGUCGAGACUCAACUCAUCGUCACCAGACCUCGAGUGAACAAGCCUACAACAAUAGCACCAACAUGGGACAAACUCACUCGCAUGAGAAGAGACGCUCAGGAACAGGUUCGGUCAAUCGGAGCAUAGCGUCCCAAUCGAGAAGCAUAGGAAAGCCAACUCCAACGAUCCAUCAGGACCCAUGGUCGCCCCCACCGUACUCCGCUGAACCUACAGCGAAGAUGUUUAUGCCAUCAGCAGCCUCGAGCACCUCAUCAGGCGACUCGCCGUAUUCAUUCCUACGCGAGUUUGACACCAUAUUUCUGGUUCAUGAUAGCACAUCCAUGCGCGGGCGGCGCUGGAAGGAGGCCGAAGAUGCUAUCGCCGCGAUCGCUCCGAUCUGCACGCAGUAUGACAAGGAUGGAAUCGACGUAUGGUUCCUCAAUCACCGCAGAGAUACUGGUCGAAGGGGGCCGGGGUCAUACACGAACAUCACGCUGGCGGACAACGUCCGGGAGAUCUUUGGCAGCGUGUCUCCCCAGGGUCCGACGCCGUUCGGCCGCCGCUUGUUGGAUAUCCUGGGCCCCUACAUGCGCGACCUGGAGAAAAAGGUCGCCGCAAGCGAUGGGUUCGAGGACUCCACGCAGCUGCUUAAACCCUUAAACAUCAUUGCGAUCACCGAUGGAGCGUUCACGGAUGACGCUGAAAGUGUGAUCGUUAAUGUGGCCCAACGACUCGACAAGAUCUUGGCCGUGCCCUGGCAGGUUGGGUUCCAGUUUUUCCAAAUCGGCGAUGAUCCCGUGGCGCGGCAGUAUCUGCAGGACCUGGACGAUGAGUUGGGCAAGAUGACACAUCAGAAGAACUUGCGCGAUAUUGUCGACACCGUGCCGUGGCGAGGCGACAAGGGGCAGACCCUGAGUGCAGAUGGCAUUCUGAAGUGCGUGCUGGGCGCAGUGAAUCGGAAGUAUGAUAAGCGGGACGGGCAUCGUUGAUUGCGAUUGCUUCAGGUUGAUCAUUGUUGUUAUUGUUGUUGCUAUUCAUAUCCACUUGCCACUGCCUUCUCUCCAACUGCUGCGACACUCCGUUGCCUUCUGUCCCCUCUUCUCUCUUUGCUUGUUUCACUUCUUUUGCUCUAAUGCAAAUGUUGAUCAGUGGUGACUUUUCGGCUUGGGUUCAGUCCUUAAUCAUGUUAUAAUGAGAAUGGGCGCCAUAGAUGAAACGCGUCGCAGCAAGCGC